AUGGCUUUACUGCCAUUGCUCUUCGUGCUCGUGCAAAGCCUGAUCCAGUACCCCCAGCCAGCUGGGGAUGGGCUGGAUGAGGCAACGCACCGGCGAAUGAAGGAGCGUCAGGAGCUGCUGGACCACCAGAUGGCUCGGCUGCUGCAGGAGCUGGAGCAGCCGGACGAGGGCUGGGGAGCCGUGCUCUUUGGUGCCCUGCAGCAGUGGCCAUUCUGGGUCCUUGCUGGAGUCCUGCUCCUCUUGGGCCUGUGCUUUAGCUGCAGGAGAAGGAGCCAUCAGGACAGCAGUGAUGAUGUAAAUGAAGGUGAAGAAAGAGUAGAUGGACAGAAAGAAUACACAGAGGUGAAGGUGCAGGAAAGCAGUGCUGCCAGUGAACAGAGAAGCAGGGAAAAAGAAGACCAUGAUGGUGGCAAGGAAGAAAGCGGCAGUGGUGGAAUGGAAGACCGAGAAAGGACCGGAGAUGCUGGGAAUGAGCAAGACAUCCUUUUAGUGGACCACAUAGAAUGGCCUGUGGAGGACCUGGAGAGUAGUUGCUCAGUAACAGCUGAGCUGAUGGAGAGCUUGAUGCGUGUCUUUGUGGACAGUGUGAGCCAUAGCUUCUACCCAGUGCCUCAAGAAACCAUCAGGGUGGGCAGUGCCUUUGAGGGUUGGAGUCCCUGUGACUGGGAUGGGGUGUACCGUGUGCUGGUCCCACUGAAUCCCCCACCAGGGCACACCUUCCACCUGGAGGUGAACAGUGCAGGGCAGGGGGUAGCAAGGACCUUCUGUGUCCGUGUGGAGCUGGUGUGCACGUGCGAGAAGGUGCAGCUGGGAGAGAAGCCCUUGUGCUUCCUGCACCACUCGCGGAAGGGGCUGCGGCGGAAGCAGAAGCGCAGCCUCCUAGAGACGCUCUGCACCGGCUCCUACCUGGAUGUGGAAAAAACCUCCCACUGGUUCUGCCAGUUGGUGAGAAGCUCGUGGCUGCAAGUGCCUCAGUGGCACUCAUGGCACUUGGUGUUUCAGCCCUGCAGCCGGUCCUGCCGAUUGCAGCUGAGCAAAGGCAGGGAGAGCCUGAUGGUGGAGAUGCUCUUUGGGGUGUGCCAAGGGGACUCUGACAUCUUUGUGGUCAGCCAGCCCACAGAGGCCAACAUGACUGCAAGCACAGCGUGGCCCGAGACGUACGCUGUGGCCGAGGUGAAAUUCUUCCGGCACAUUGCCAGGCAGCUGCCGUGUGAGAGCUUGCACCUGAAAUGCCUGCAGCUCCUCACCUGCAUCCUGAGGGGCACAGGUUUUUCCAGCUCUACCUGGAAGACUGUGGUCAUGCACGUGCUGACCACAGUACCUCUGUCCCGGUGGAACAGGAGUGCAUUUGCACGGCGGCUGUGGGACAUCAUGGCGUACCUGGACCACUGCCUGCAGCUGACACGCCUGGAGCACUUUGUGCUAGGCAACGAGAGGCUUCCUGCGGAGAUCAGCUUGCCGCCGGCAAUGCGAGGGGUUGAGCCGCCCAACCUCUUUGAGCACCUGGCCCGAGAUCCGGCCGCCCUCAGAGAGGCGAUGCAAGCUUAUGGUCAGCUGCGAUUUCGCCUCUGGGUGCUGCUCUCCCGCCACUGAGAGGAGUUCCCUGCACAGAGCUGUGCUGGGGUGUCA